AUGGUCCCAAAAGAGGACCAUCAAUAUGUUGGGAUUAUUCAACUGCUUCAUCAUUUUAGAUGGACAUGGAUUGGGAUAUUUACUAUGGAUAACAAUAAUGGAGAACGUUUUUUACAGAAAAUGCAGCCCAUACUUUCACAAAAUGGAAUCUGUUCAUCAUUCAUACAAAGGCUUUCACAACUAAUCCACAUAGAACACUAUACAGAACUUUAUCACAUGGUCUCAAGUAGUUUCACUAAUAUGAGGAAGAGCAAUACCACCACGUUUCUUGUCUAUGGAGAAUCUUUGACAAUUACAGGGCUCAGAACUAUCAUGCUCAUAGCAGAUCCUGAAAACAAGCAAACUGCAUUAUUUGGAAAUGUGUGGAUCUUGACUGCACAGAUUGAUUUUGUGCUCUCAGGCUUUCAAAUCAGUUGGGAUCUCCAAAUGUUCCAUGGGGCUAUUUCCUUCAGUGUUCAUUCAAGAGCAGUUGUAGGUUUCAAGGAAUUUCUUCAGACCAUCAACCCUCAUUCAGGCUACAAAGAUGGCUUUCUGCAAGAUGUUUGGGAACAAUUAUUUGAUUGUUCACUCUCAAAAUCAGAAUUACAAGAAACGUCUAAUAGGCAGUGCCUGGAAGAGAACAAACUGGAGGAUCUUCCUACACCUGUGUUUGAAAUGGAUAUGACUGGCCAAAGCUACAGUGUCUACAAUGCUGUUUAUACUGUGGCUCAUGCUUUGCAAGCACUACUCAUAUCAGGGUUCAAUAAGGAAAAAACAAUGAUGGGUAGAAAAUCUGACCUUCCAUACCUGCAGCCUUGGCAGCUUCAUCGAUUUCUACAUGGCAUUUCUUUUAACAAUUCGGCUGGAGAGAAAGUUUCCCUGAAUGAAAAAGGGGAAGUAAUGGGUGGAUUUGAUAUCAUCAACCUCAUCACAUUCCCCAAUCGGUCUUUCCAAAGAGUUAGAGUCGGAAUAAUUGAUUCGAGUUCUCCAACAGGCAAAGAAUUAUUCAUUGAUGAAGAUUUGAUUGUCUGGCACCCAGCGUUUAAUCAGGUCCUUCCCAUUUCUCUGUGUAAUGACCAUUGCUCCCCUGGAUAUUGGAAGAAGGAGGCCGAAGGAAAACAAUUCUGCUGCUAUGACUGUGUUCCAUGUCCAGAAGGGAAGAUUUCAAAUCAAAAGGAUAUGGAUGACUGUUUUCAAUGUUCAGAAGAUCACUAUUCAAAUAAAGAAAAGAAAGAAUGCAUCCUGAAACCAAUCGUAUUUUUAACCUUUGAAGAAACCUUAGGAAUUGGUUUAGGCACAGCAGCUCUUUGUUUCUUCUUCUUGACAUCUUGUGUACUUGGAACUUUUAUUAAGCACAGGGAUACUCCCAUUGUCAAAGCCAACAACCGGUCCCUCACUUACACCCUACUUGUCUCUCUUCAGCUCUGCUUUCUCUCCUCUUUGUUGUUCCUCAGCCAACCUGGAAAAGUGAUCUGCCUUCUCCGGCAACCUACUUUUGGAAUCACCUUCUCAGUGGCAAUUUCUAGUGUUCUGUCCAAAACCAUCACGGUGGUUGUGGCUUUCAUGGCCACUAAACCAGGAUCUCAGAUGAGGAAAUGGGUGGGGAAAAGAUUGGCUGUUUCUAUUGUCCUCUCAUUCUCUCUCCUACAAGUUUGUCUUUGUAUUCUUUGGUUGUCAACAUCUCCCCCAUUCCCUGAGAUGGACAUGCAGUCAGAGCUCCAAGAAAUGGUUUUACAGUGCAAUGAGGGGUCAGCUUUCUUCUUCUACUGUGUCUUGGGCUACAUGGGUAUCUUGGCCAUCGCCAGCUUUAUUGUGGCUUUCCUUGCCCGUAAAUUACCUGACAGCUUUAAUGAAGCCAAGUUCAUCACCUUCAGCAUGUUGGCCUUUUGCAGUGUGUGGAUCUCCUUCUUUCCAGCCUACUUGAGCACAAAAGGAAAAGCCAUGGUAGCCGUGGAGGUCUUCUCCAUCUUGUCCUCCAGUGCUGCAUUACUGGGAUGCAUAUUCCUGCCAAAGUGCUACAUCAUUGUUUUGAGACCUGACCUCAACCACAGGGAGCAACUCAUAAAGAGGAAUUAG